GUUCGAGGGAUGAUAUUCAAUAUUUGGAAUCAAACUUGAGAUAAACCUGUGUUUUUGAAAUCAUACUGGCGCUUAUAAAUCAUGUACUCGAAUUACUAGCAGAAAUUCAGUCGCAGUAAAACACAAAUGUAUCUUUAAUUUGGGGAAAAACAAACUCGUGAGGAAGUCGAGCCUGCGUGUUUCCAUCUGGUUAUCUGGCAACCCUGGACCAAACUGCGACAGCGCCAAUGGCAGCACAACACUUGUGUUUCAGCGAGGAGGGUGACAGCAACAAGCAUUGAACACCUAGUCAGUUUGCUGUGGCUCAACCAAUUGAUUCCCUUAAGUGAAAAAAAAAUGUGCAAGUUUGCCUGGUUGCUGUGGAGGUGAGGGACCAUGGGGCGAAAAUUGAAGGUGUCUACACAAACUUGACAGCAUGUUCCAUUGUGGUGAAGCUCAAAAUGGAAAAACGCCCAUGCAGGGAGGAGAAAACGGACUCUAGAAAGGAACAGCAUGCCACUGACGAAUCUGAUGAUGGAAGCAGCUCAGAGAGUGAAUCUGAGGAGCAGCAGGACCAGAAGCGUCAAGUGCAUGAUGGUGGCUGCAAGAAGAAAGAACCACUGUCGGUCACAAAACCCCAUCGGCAGCUCUGUCGCUCACCAUGCCUGGACCGGCCCAGUUUCUCCCAGAGUAGCACUGCACAGGAUUUUCGAGAGGAUGAAACAGGCUCAGGGUCAACAGUUAAGCCUUGUAGUGACAGAGAAUAUCAGACCAAGAUGGAAUUUGCGUUAAAGUUGGGCUAUUCUGGGGAGCAGGUGGAGACGGUUCUGAACAAAUUAGGCACUGCUGCUCUUAUCAAUGAUGUUCUUGCUGAGUUGGUGAGACUUGGGAACAAAGUGGAUACAGAAAUUCAACCGUGCAGCAGCACAACCUCGUCUACAUCCAGGUCACCGCUGGUGAAAGAGAUUGUUAGUCCUGAGGUGUCUGUGGAGGAGGAGUCUGUGGACACCUAUGAUAAUCUCCGGCCCAUUGUCAUCGAUGGCUCCAAUGUGGCAAUGAGUCACGGAAACAAGGAGGUCUUCUCCUGCCGCGGCAUACAACUUGCUGUGGAAUGGUUCCUAGAGAAAGGGCACAAAGACAUCACUGUGUUUGUCCCCGCUUGGAGGAAGGAACAGUCCAGGCCUGAUGCUCUCAUUACUGACCAAGAAAUACUGCGCAAGCUCGAGAAGGAGAAGAUCCUCGUGUUCACACCAUCACGGAGGGUUCAAGGCAGGAGAGUGGUCUGCUAUGAUGAUCGCUUCAUAGUGAAGCUGGCUUUUGAUUCUGAUGGAAUUAUUGUGUCGAAUGACAACUACAGAGACUUGCAAAACGAAAAGCCAGAGUGGAAGAAGUUUAUAGAGGAGCGUCUUCUGAUGUACUCAUUUGUCAAUGACAAGUUCAUGCCACCUGAUGAUCCGUUAGGGAGGCAUGGUCCAAGUUUAGAAAAUUUCCUUCGCAAGCGUCCUGUUGUUCCUGAGCACAAGAAGCAGCCUUGCCCCUAUGGGAAGAAGUGUACAUAUGGACACAAGUGUAAGUACUAUCAUCCAGAGCGGGUCAAUCAACCUCAGCGCGCAGUGGCGGAUGAGCUCCGGGCUUUCGCCAAGUUGUCAGCAGUCAAGACAAUGAGCGAGGGGGCUUUGGUCAAAUGUGGUACUGGAUCAGCGACUGCAAAGGGAGACGCUGCCUCUGAGGUCAAACGCGUGGCACCCAAGCGUCAGUCAGACCCCAGCAUUCGUUCGGUGGCCUGUGAACUUCCCGAAGCGCUAUCAGCUGUCAGGAAGUCUGAGACAAAUUCAGUGCCUUCCCUCGUGUCUGCCCUCAGUGUGCCCACCAUGCAGCCUGCCAAGAGCCACGCAGUCGGAGCCUUGAACACCCGAUCAGCCAGCAGCCCGGUGCCUGGUUCUUUGCAGUUUGCACACAGUUCAUUAGAGCACAUGUCCAGUGUACAGUAUCCACCAAUUCUGGUGACCAAUAGUCAUGGAGCCUCUGUUACAUACAGUGAACAGUUCCCAAAGUAUGACUCUGUCAGCGACCAUGGCUAUUAUUCACUACACAGUGAUUUUUCUAACAUGAGCAUGAGCAGCAUGCACAACGUGGAUAGUUUCUGUAGCAUGGAGCACGAGCAUGGUGUGUAUCAGAGGAACCUCAGUCACUGCCCUGAAUCCUGCCUCAGCCACUCGAACAGUGACUCCUUUUCUUCGUAUGGGGACAUGUACCCCAGUUCUGUGGAUAGCAGCAUGGAGGAGAGCAUGAAGGGGCAGCAGCAGUCUCCAGCACCAGGAAGGAUGCAAAGCUUCUCUCAUGGGUAUCGACAUGAAACAUUGUCAAGAGUACAGAGUUAUGGACCAGAGGAGCCUAAGCAGGGUCAGCGAAAGCAUCCGGUACCUCAUCUAGCACCACACAUCCAGCACACUGCAGUAGGGGCAAGGUCCAGUUGCCCCGGAGACUAUCCCUUAACUCAGACAGUCCUGCCGCCUUUGUCUUCACAGCCCACUCGAUCUCUUGGUAUGACUCGCAUGGACAGCAUAUCAGAUUCACGGCUGUAUGACAGCAACCCAAUGAGACAAAGGCGGCCCCCCUUGUGCCGUGAGCAGCACGCCAGCUGGGACCCUCUGCCAUGCGGUAAUGAGUCUUAUGGAUAUCAUUCAUAUCCACUCAGCAACAGCUUGAUGCCAUGUUGUGAGCGUGUGAUGGUCCGCAGCAUGCCCGAAAAAAUGGAGCAAUUAUGGAACUCGCCAUGGGAGGCGUCAUCUGCUGGUGAUCAUCUCGAGCGCUACGUCAUUCCAGAACACCAGUAUCAAACAUAUCGAAACCUUUGUAACAUCUUUCCGGCCUAUGUGGUCCAUUCGGUCAUGGAGAAAAAUCCCCAUUUGACAGAUGCUCAACAACUCGCCGCAGUCAUUGUCACCAAAAUGAGGUCGUGCCAGUGAGGUCUUCUGUUCUGAGGUUUGGAUUGCUCAGAAAGGCACUUGUGAAAUUCAACCUUUGCCCUCAGGAGUUCAUUGUAUACAUACAACUGGUCGUCCAAGUUCCCUUUAGUGAGUUAACCGUGGAAAUCGGCAAAACGUAUUCAACCUUGAGAGCAUUUUUUUAUGAAGUGCGCUUCAUUGCUUGUAAGAGUUUGAGCAAGAGCUACAUUGGAAUGCAUUUUAAGUGUAUCUCCUGCACUCAACGUUCUUGGAGUGCAGACCGCACAUGCAGUAGUUUUACUGUUUUGAAUGCAAUUUCAAUGGCAUUUCCAACAAUGUUCCACAUGGUCCUAGAGCUACCUAAUCCUUCACAUACACAAAGAGGUGGCAAGCAGGGUCGGCAGCCUCUUUGUUUUGACCAUUGUAUAGCAAGGACUCAAUUUGAACUGACGGAAGACAUGGUUUUAUAGCUCUGUCCACGUGGGACUCUCCAUACAGGUUUGUAAAUGGCAUGCUGGAUGAGUGGUUGUGGAAAAGAUCCUUCACCAACCGGAAUGUAGCUCUUGCUCACACUCUUUAAGCGCGUUUUAAAAAUAGUAAAACUAAAAAUAUUCUCACUUCACUCAGCUGGUGCUGGAAAAAUUGAACGUCAGUACUUUUUAGUGCAUUUCUUUUACCAAUAAGUAAGAGAGGUUGGAGGAUACCUCACAGCAUGAACUGAACAUAUGGCCUUAUAUCCGAAUGACCUCACGCUAUUGUCAUUGUUUUGAUGGAAUUUUCAUCAUUGAAGCAUAAAAGCACUAUCACCGUAUAUACAGAAGUCUAUUUUCUUAGCUUCACUUACAAAACCUACUAUUUUAGUAGAAUUUGAGAGUGCACAAAGAAAGCCAAAAAAUGGACUUGUUUACACAUAUGUAAGUAGUAUCACACAAAAGCCAUUAUUUUAAGUCAUUUAUAAGCUGCUAAAUGAUGCCAAAAAUAUAUAGGUUAUAUAGUAUCUUUAUGUAUUGUAAUUCAUCACUAUUAAAUUUUGAAUAAUACAGUGAGCAUCUUUUUGGUCAAUACUGGAUGUUGUCUGCUAGAUUAAAAGGCAUUUGUGCAGAUUACUUUUCAGGGUGGGAUUGAGCAAACUUGUUUCAGUCAGUAGUUACUAUCAGUUUCCACCGGAUUUGCCAUCGGUUUUUGGAGCUAAGACUGAUAUAAGAAAUGAUUUUUUUAAACAAUCUAUAUAUGCUUUGCAAUGCCACUGAAAAUAAAUCAACAAAAAGAUUUUUGUCUCAACUGCAUGUAUUGAAACUACAAUUAUUCACUUCAGAUGCUGCGAUGUAACAAGGCCAUGUUCACAUUACUCAUCUUUUCGGAAAGUUUGUGUGGUAUUUUUGGUUUAGUUUUUUUAAUCUUAAUUUGAAAUUGCUGAGCAGUAUUACAUUACUGUGACGCAAAAUUAAAAUACUUGACACAUCUAAUGAGAUGAACAGCAGCUAAUUAAUAAUAGCGUGUGUAAUGUGAACAUAGCCGUAUUUUGGAAAAUGUGAGAUUAAAAAAAAAAAAAAAACUUCCCAAUGCAUCUCAACAGUUUGAAUUACAGUUUGUGCAUUUUAAAUUCAGAUUUCUACUCAAUAUUAAAGACAGGCGUUUUAAAAUAUGUUAAAAAUGUUGGGGCAGGGCCACUAUUUAUAAGGAAAUUGAAUUGCCGACACGCAGCUGUGCGUCCAAACACUUGGGUAUGUGGAGGGAUUUGGCUGUGCCUUGCUGCACAUUGCUCUCAGGAUGCUUUCUUUUUCAGUUUUUAGUGCCAGAAACCAGUGGUUUCCAGCAAGAAUAUUGUCUAGUCGGGAUUAUAUUUUGUGAAACACAUACAUGGAUCCUGUAGAACGCUAUAGUUACUUGUGUAUAGUUGAGGUGAUGGGAUUGCAGAAUGUUGUACUGUUGAGUAAACUCUAGUUAUGCACCUUGACUUUGGCUUGUGGGAUGGCUUUACGUGAUGCUGCUUCUUGACAUCUAUCAGGAUGUUUACCUGCUUCUAGUUAUGAUUGUUGAAAAUACUAUUUGGUAGUGCUGUCAGUCAAUUUAAAAAAAAAUUGAAUUAAUUACAGGAUUUUGUAAUUAAUUAAUCGCAUUUUAUGUCAUAUCUGCUCCUGAUAAAGAAUUUGAGUUCUAGGGUAUUAAAAAAAUUGUAGUGCAUGAGUAAUCAAUUGAAUACAGUAAGAAGAGAAGAUUGGAAAUCCAUUUUUUUAUUGGUGAACUGUGCUUCAUAAAUGAAAUCCAAAAGUAACGGUCAAGCACAUCAGCAAACCAGUUAGGCCAGGUGCAUUAUUCAAAAAUGUAAAACGUAAAUGUAAAAAAUACAGCAAUACAGUGAAAUAAAUAAAAUAAAGCUGUCUUCAAAAAUGUAAAACAAACAGCCAUACAGUUAAAUAAAUAAAAUAAGGCUGUUUUCAAAAAUGUAAUACAAAUACAGCGAUUCAGUUAAAUAAAUAAAAUUCUGAAAUAAAAUAAGGCUGUCUGAAAUAGGUACUUAAGCUCGAUAUAGCAAUUCAAAAAUUAAUAAUAGAAGUAUAACACGCCUCUCCGGGUCCUUCAAUGGGCCAAAAUUCAAAUGCGCAAGCAUUGGCUCGCCACUGUUUUUUUAAUGUGUGAAAUUGCGCCGUAAUUAAUUAAUCUAAUUAACGUGUUAAAAUGACAGCACUACUAUUUGGUUUAAUUGUCCAACUUUCUGGCAGGUGUUUUUGAAGUUGCCUGAGAGUUGACGAACAUGGUGGAAAUGUGACAGCCAAAUUGUUUUUAUUGGAGCUAUGCUUUGCUCGUCUCAUUGAUCUUAAUUCAUCACCCUCGAGUCAAGGAGUGCGGCCAUCAUGUGUAGUUCACCCUAUCAGAGGUCGCACUGUCUAAAGCUGGAUUAAACGCGGAGUGUGUUGAAUGGGAAUUGCCACUUUGAAUCCAUAAAUCAUUUUACUUGCAUCGCAAAAUGAUCUCUAUAAAGUCAAGAUGGCUCAUUUAGGUGUUUGUAGGAUCUCAACAGUUAAGUAACUCUAAAGCAGAGCACUGUAUAUCAGCCUGUUUGUGGUGCUUAAAUAACAUUUCUUUAUAAUGUUUCAGUAAAACAAAGUGUGUGUUCAGUCGUGAAACGUAAACAGAAAACAAAAAGAUUUUUAUGUGUUUUGCCCGAAAAUGAUUUUUGGGCUUUGCUGACUUGUUUUUUUUUUUUUCAUGAAAAAGGACACGGCCACUUUGCCAGAUGUCUGUUCAUGAGAAGGUGAAACAAACCGCCUAAAUGUUUCUCCAUGUGAAACAAUCAGAUUGCAAGGCUGCUGUCAAGGUUGUUUCUGGCAUUUGGCUAAAAGUUUGCGUGCCCUCCCAGUAACCCCCUCUCCCCCUCCUAAAAGAGUGGAAGCUAAAUUAACAGUUUAUUUUUUUUUUUAUCCUCCACAGAAUCUGUUCCUAUGUUUUCCUACCCAAGUUUGUACAGUGGGACCUCAGAAUUUCAAUGUUUAGUAUCAGAAGAAUCAUGAAAAGGCUAUUUUCAAAUCUACUUUCCUCAAACUAGUGGUUGAAAAAGAACUCUAGGCUAAUCAGCUACAUUAGAUACGUAACACUUGUUUCGUGUGAAUCUGGACUGUUGUCAGUCACCAGAAUGAAUAUGAGGCCGGGAAUAGAUGAACACAUUUUAAGGUUGAAUGUGGUUAUGAAUGACCCAUAAUGAUUGAUAUUGUCUGACUGUGUGAUUAUGGCAAACCUGCUCACAAAAUACCAAAUAUUUCCACGGACAAUCUUCGUUUCACGAGUGAGUCGUGAACAAAAAUCUAAAUAGUGCGGCAAAAUUUUGCACUGAACAGUGAGACAGUGUGAUUUCAGAAUCAUUUUUAUGAACAACGGAACUAUAUAGAUGCCGUUUUGUUAUGAUUGCGAGUCGGCCAGCACAAAUCGGAGGAAAAUAGGAAUCGCGAAGAAUUGACAUGACGAUUCUCUGCCACACUUUUUUUCCCUCAUGAAACACGAAGUUUAUUGCACACACAAACCAUGACAAAACAUAGUUGUUUGAGAUGCUGAAAAAACAUUUUGCUGCCGAUCACAGAUACCGAUCACAUGGGUUGACAAUUAAUUUGUAAUCAAAAUGAUAAGACCAUCUGUGUACAUAUGUGAAAACAUGAACCAUUAAAUCAUUUUAAUUCAGACAUGUUUUAAUAUACCCCACCUCUUCAAGAAGGCAAAAAAAAAAUAUUUGUCAAAAGGACAACUAAGAAACAUUUAAUUUGAUGUGAGACGUCGCAGUGUGGUGAGUCUCUUGAGACUUUGCUAUGUCCGUGAAAUAUUUCCAUUGAGCACUUUUACAUACUUUCACAUUUAUGAAAGUUUCCUCUCCAGACAUUUUCAGAAGUUUCAGAUUCAGGUUGUUAAUGAACACGGCACCCGACUCCAAAACAGCAACGGAUCCAGUCGUUUCCGUCUUCUUGAGAAAGGCUGUUCAUCUAGCUCUGUGAAAUUAAUGAUUAUUUCUUGGGCAAUUAGCUUCGCGUUCCGAAUACCAAGCUCGGACUGGCAGUUGUUGCCAAGUGUCAGCUGCACAGCCUGUUGCAGAGGAACCAGCGAGCUCACUUUCAUGAGCCUGGAAAACUCUCUGUGCUCUGUCCAUUUUUUCGGAAUAAGUUCGUUAUGACACUGUUUGGUGGGCUGAUUCUCGUAACUACUUCCCGGUUUGUCAUCCAUAUUCCUUCAGUGUCUAUCCUGUCGCCGAGCUAUGCAAUCACUACCGCAUUCAUGUCAGGAGUGAAACACGUGACUACAAGGCGCUUCGUUAUUGGCUGAAGGUGAAGCCUUCGUGGGAUCUCAGAAAGUAGCGUGAAACUCACAAAGUAAUGUAGUAUUUGUGAUGCAAAUCCGGUCAGUUUGUAAAUUAAAUGCGAAUCGAAAUUAAUUGAAAAUUAAAGGGUGAAUCGAAAUUGUGUUUUUUUUAUACAAUUUAUCAUGCAGGCCUAAUUGUGAGCUUGGCAUUUAUCAGUUCCGCUGUCAGACAGACUGAGAAAUUCAUUGCCUUUCUCUUUAAUAGUGGGAAAUGUUUGAACCCACAUACGCAUAUAUAUUAUGCAUCCUAAGGAAUCACCUACUAAAAAUGUGAUGUUAAAAUAUUAUACAUUUUGUGGAUGCUGUCUCAUUUCUAUCAGUACUCACCGUGUCGUGAUCCUGAAUUCUGGGAAGGGUUAGAUAGACCUUGGGGACCAACCUUUGAGAUCCCACUGUACUCUGCUUUACUCAUGCUUUAUUUUGCGUGCCAGUCUUUGCUGUAAUGAAGCCAAAGUGCAUCAACCGUCAUUUUUAUUUCAUUUGAUUUGUAAUAGAAUGAAUAAAGGCCCAGAUGUUUGGGACCCCUUGCUGUGAAUAUUAAUUUUCUGUGGGUGAGGAUAGUAAUGGGCUGAUCAUGAAGCGUAUACUCAUUUCCGCCCUCACUAGGUGGCGCUCUCUGUAGAAAAACAAUCAGAGGUUUGACUCUAAAAGAGUGCCAUUUAAUGAUAGCUGGAUUAAACUGAGUACACUGUUUCAUGAAGCUUUACAAGCCCGUUGCUGACUGAGUAUUGCUGCCCCACCCCCCACUCCCAAUUCUCUCUCCCUUUAUUAGUGCCGCAAACAACCAAGCCACAAAUGUCUAGAAUUGACUUUUGCUUGUUGAUACAAAUUGUAUCUAUACCUUGAAUGUAACAAAAUACAAGUGUAAAAUACGAAAGUAGUUUUUAUUUAAAUAGGGGGAAUAAACAAUGCCAUGUUUGUGACACUGUGUGUCACUGGGAGUAGCCCAUUGGUAUGUACUUAUUCUUACUGGGUACAGAAGUUUAUUUACAGGGACAUUAAUGUGCUCCAGUGCACUGUUCCCCUGUGUACAGCAGUAAGCAUUGUGUCUUCACUGUACAUACUCUCACCUGUGUGUUUAUAUAUAGAAAGCAACUUGUAGAUGUAACACUGUUUAAAAACGACAAUUUCUGUAACGCUUUCCUCUUCUGAUCCUCUGGACUCACUUUGUGUUGGUGUUUUUGAGUAUAUUUACCUACAUGCCAAAGUUAUUCUUGUAUGGCUGUGUUGAAAAUGACACACAAAUGCACACAAAGAACUCUGUGUCACAGAGGAUUUAUUGUUUAUAUCCUGUAAAGUGUGUAAUUCUGGUUGCAGACUCUUAACACUCACUUAAGCUGCUUCAUGAAAAAGUUUAGUUUGACCGUGUAUUAGACAAGUGCAAGUGUCUUCUGACAGACUGGCAAAUAUUGUCCAUGCAUGUCCACUUCUGAAGACCAGCGGGCUCACCCAGAGCCGAUCCAACAGUAAGAACAGUAAGUUAGUAGUUAGCUGGUGCAAAGACGCUGCAUGAAAACAGAAAAAUCUCUUCCAUUGUUUCAUGUUAAGCAAGUAUACACUUAAUCUUGGGUCAAAAGUCGAAGAAAUUGAUCAACUUUCACCUUCCAUCUUCUAUGAUGUCGCUUAAAUCAUGUGGAACUGUUGGAAUAGAUUUCAAAAACCUGAUUGGCAAAUGUUGAAAUGUGGUAUUGUUUUGGUUUUUUUUUUAAUUGUAUUUGAUGUUAUGUCCAUUUCACGUUUGUUUUUAGGUUAUUUAAAACUUGUGAUUUAUUUAUAUUAUUAUUUAUUCUGACUAUUAUUGUAGAAGUGAUGUUCUGUUCCUGUUUGAUUUAUUAGCCCGGCCAGGUUGUUUCCUCUGAUCACUGAGAAGGGUUUUGGGUGAUACUGCUGAAGAAAGGACUGCAUAUGUUUUCAAUGAGAUUGAUAAGAUUUGUUGUGUUUUACUGAACAAUGAUCCCGAUUGAAAAUGUGUUUUUGCACAUAACGCCAACAAUACGCACACACGACUACACAAACGCGUUACUCAGGAGGACUUACACUCACCUUUGAGCCGCAUGAUACAUUAUGACAUUUUCGGGGCGGCAAAAUGUAUUUUUAAAAAGCUGCGACUUAAGAGUGGUUGAAGAAGCUAGUUUAUUCUGUGUUGUGAUAAUCUGCAAUAUUGUAAUCCACACUGAAUGGAAUGCAUCGCUUUUGUAGAUCGGAACAUAUAUAAAAUAUAGACUAUUUGGGUCUUUUGACUCAAACAAAAUGUAAGUCUUUAUGACAAAAUGUGUUUCUUUCCUCGAGUAAAUAAAAGUCUGUUGAAAUUGUGCAGUGUCUGGUUUCAGGAAACAUGGUGGACGAAUGAAGGAAAGCACAUCACUCAUCCUCAAUGUUGUUGGUAACUUUAUAACAGACAAAUUCCUCAGCUUCUUUUUGAAUCAUUUGAAUUGUUGAUGGUAUUGUAUAUUCCCUCAGCCAAAGGGAUUUCUGUCUUUAUUAAAAAAACAGUCUAUUCCUAAAUUAACAGAGCUUUUCCCUAGUUCAAUUAUAAAUCCUAUUACAUGAGCAAAGGUGCUAAAGACACUGCAAACCUAGG